AGGAGGCGGCGCCUGGAGCCUUGGUUUUCGCGCGCUGUGCCCAGCUGCCUCUUCCCGUGCGAAGCGUCCGCCGACGAGCGUCUCCCUUUUUUGCCGUGGAGUUGGGCUGGAAGCUCCGCUUGGCUCAGCCAGAUAAGGGAGCACUAGAAGCGCGGGCGGGAGGCCGCGGCGCCUGACGAGAGCGAAGGGGGCGGCCCCGGCCAAUGCGCGCUGCUGCCGCCGCCAGCGCCUUUAAACCCCGUCGCCUGCCCGCCCCUUGUCUGUGCCGCAACCGCUUCCACGGCCGCUCUCCUCUCCUCAAGGACCCGAGUCCUCAAGAGAUGCCUCGCUAUGAGCUGGCUUUGAUCCUGAAAGCCAUGCAAAGGCCUGAGGUGGCAGCAACGCUGAAACGCACAGUGGAGACUUUGAUGGAAAGAGGAGCCGUGGUGAGGAAUUUGGAAAACCUGGGAGAAAGGACCUUGCCAUAUAAAAUCUCAAAGCAUAACCAACGCCACACGAGAGGAGGGUAUUUUUUGAUAGACUUUGUUUCCCCACCAGCAGCUGUUUCAGUCAUGUUGGAGCAUUUAGGACGUGACAUUGAUGUAAUCAGGUCUACUGUUUUGAAACAUCAAGUGAUAAAGACUGAAGAAUGUAUGGGUAUAAUCCCAGUUAACUAUGAAGAUCAACUGAUUACCAAGAAGAAAUAAAGAGCUGAAAGCCAUAGAGGUUUUGUUGCUACUUGAAUUCAGUUGUAAGCACGUACAGUAUAUGCAGUUAAUACAUAAGACUAUGAUCUAGUAGAUAAUUGGUAUGCUGAUGUAACAGAGCUGUGCUGUUCUUUGAUGCCUAGUGUAAAAGUUGAUUGAAAGAUGGAGGAAAGUAUUUUGAAAUUUAUCCUGCUGUCUGGAAUGCAAUCCUAAAUAAAGUUGAACCCUUCUAAGCCAACUGAUUUAGAAAGGUGUAACUCUUUUUAGAAUUAUGAUCUUAUAUGGCAUUAUUCAGGAUUAAGCAUCAUUGAACAAAAUGAGACUUGUCUCUAAGUAAACAUGCAUAGGACUAAGCUGGAAAACUUCUCAUUUCAGUACCUUUCAGACUUUGUACUCUUAAUAAUAAAACUCUUCUGUAGUGUAAAUACUAUACAAUAGCAUGUGAAAAUUUGUUGUAAGAUAAUAAAGUCACAACUCCCUCCUCACACAUGAAGCUGAAUAUAAAGACAUAAUAGGAAUAAGAAAUACUAGCAUUAUGUUUCUGUGCUCUGUUCUCAGUUUUGUUCCUUGACCAACACAUAGAUUAGAUUUCAGUGUAAAUAAAUACUGUGCUAGGUGCUAGUUAAUGUAACUCAUGGAAAUGAUAAGAAUCUGCAAAAACGUGCAUUAUGUUUACUGUUUUUAGAAAGCAAAAAGAGAUGGCAGCUUACACAUAGAUAGGAAGUAGACUUGAUAGCUCUAAUAAGUACAUCCCCCCCCCAUACACAGGCAUCCUCUGUGUGUGGACUGAUGGCUUGGCAGUUUUUAUUCUCAUUAUGUAGAUUUCAUUUCUUUCCUCCCCCCCUCCCCGAAGUCUCCAGUAAGGUUUCCACUGUUGUUUUCUUUUUUAAGCCAGGAAAGAAUUCCUGACAGAGGUUGCACUCAACCAUUCUUUACUUCUUUAAUUGGUUUUCGGGAACCAACUCUUGAGAAGGAAAGAAAGGGUGAAAUACAUCUGUGAAUAAAUGUAAAGUGUCUGCUUUUAUUUUGGGGCUACAUAUAUUAAAGAGUUUAGCCUCCUGA